UUCACAGGCCAAAGGGCAAGGUCUUGUUUCCAAGUUGCAUCUAUAUUCUAUAUUCUAUUAUAUUUCUACUUCCGUAUAGUAAAAUAUAUACUGUUUGAAACAUUAAAUUUUUGUAUAAGUUCAUUUUAAUCAAACAUUGAUUUUGUAAAACUAUAAAAUUACCAAAACUAGAAUAUUCUCAAUUUUCAAUUACUGAAUUACUUACCUAUAACCUACUAAUUCAAGGUUGUUGAUUAAAUUCAGUUGCAUAAGUUGUAUAAAAAAUUACCAACAAGUAACAAUGGGGCUCUUAACCAAAAAGAUUUUCGUGAAGUCUGCUAAAAGAUAUAUAUCGACGUCAUCAGUCAUGUUGAAAGAUGUAUUUAUUGUUAGCGUAGCGCGAACUCCAAUUGGCUCUUUCGGAGGGUCUCUGAAAAGUUUGUCUGCUACCAAACUAUGCGCUGUAGCAAUUCAGGCUGCUGUCGAGCGGUCUGGUUUUUCCAAAGACGACAUACAAGAAGUAUUUUUGGGCAAUGUGUGUCAAGGUGGUGUCGGACAAGCACCAGCUAGGCAAGCAACAAUAUUUGCCGGAUUACCUAAAUCUACCAUUUGUACAACCAUCAACAAAGUUUGUGCUUCCGGCAUGAAGUCCAUUAUGUUAGGUUCGCAAAGUUUAUUGUGUGGCCAUCAAAAUAUCAUUGUUGCCGGAGGCAUGGAAUCCAUGUCGAACGUACCAUUUUAUCUAGCAAGAGGAGAUACAAAAUAUGGCGGAGUUAAUUUAUCGGAUGGAAUAGUUUUCGACGGUUUGACCGAUGUCUACAAUAAAAUACACAUGGGAAGUUGUGCAGAAAAUACUGCCAAACAAUGUGGCAUAACGAGAGAUCAGCAAGAUGAGUUUGCCAUAAGUAGUUACAAAAAAAGUGCUGAAGCUUGGAAACAAGGUGCUUUUUCUGAAGAAAUUGUACCCGUUAAUGUACCUCAGAAAAAAGGCAAACCUGACUUAAUCGUAUCGGAAGAUGAAGAAUUCAAAAGGGUUGAUUUUGAUAAGUUUAAGAAAUUAAACACUGUUUUCCAAAGAGAUAAUGGAACGGUAACUGCCGGUAAUGCAUCGACAAUAAACGAUGGUGCAGCAGCCUUAGUGUUGACUGACGAAGUGACUGUUGCGAAAACCAACGUGAAACCUUUAGCGAGAAUUGUUGCUUUUGAAGACGGUGCUACUGAUCCAAUAGACUUUCCGAUAGCUCCAGCAGUUGCCAUACCAAAAUUAUUAAGUAAAAGUGGACUGUCCAUUAAUGAUAUCGCAUUAUGGGAAAUAAAUGAAGCGUUCAGUAUAGUCGUUUUGGCUAAUAUACUCAAACUAGAUAUUGAUCCGACCAAAGUUAAUAUUCAUGGCGGUGCCGUCAGCUUGGGUCAUCCUAUUGGCAUGUCAGGUGCUAGAAUUGUAAUACACUUGGCUAAAGCUCUGAAACCCGGACAAAAAGGAGUAGCUUCGAUUUGCAAUGGCGGUGGCGGAGCAUCAUCAAUUCUCAUAGAACGGUUGUAAUAAAAAAAAAAAAAAUGUUAAAAUUUAGUUUAAAUUUACCUUUUGGCCUUUACCAGCAAUUUUGCCAAUGAAGUAAUUGCGUGGGACGACUGAGACAUAUUUUUAAAAUUUAAAAUCGUGAUAAAUACGUUAUUGAUAUUAUUUUGCAAUUAUAUUUACAAGUAUGUAAUUUUACAAAUAAAAAAAUAUUAUUGUUUUGCACAGA